CACCGUGGGCCAGGCCAGUGCUGGGGCCGGCCCGGGGAGUCGCUGGGCCGGGGGAGGAUAUGAAGGCCGAUGGCCAGGCGGAGGGUGCGGAACUCGACGCGGCGCGGCUGCCCUCCCGGGCGGUCAAGCUGCUGUCGGCACUCUUCUACGGGAUCUGCUCCUUCCUCAUCGUGCUGGUCAACAAGGCACUGCUGACCACCUAUGGCUUCCCAUCACCGAUUGUUCUUGGAAUUGGACAGAUGGCAGCCACCAUAAUGAUACUGUAUGUGUCUAAGCUAAAUAAGCUAAUUCACUUCCCUGAUUUUGAUAAGAAAAUUCCUGUAAAGCUAUUUCCGCUGCCUCUUCUGUAUGUUGGGAACCAUAUCAGUGGAUUAUGGAGCACCAGUAAAUUAAGUCUUCCAAUGUUCACUGUGCUCAGGAAAUUCACCAUCCCACUCACUUUACUGCUGGAAACCAUCAUCCUCGGGAAGCAGUACUCACUGAGCAUCAUUGUCAGUGUCUUUGCCAUUGUGAUUGGGGCCCUCAUAGCUGCUGGUUCUGACCUUGCUUUUAACUUGGAAGGCUAUAUUUUUGUGUUCUUGAAUGACAUCUUCACAGCAGCAAAUGGAGUUUAUACCAAACAGAAAAUGGACCCAAAGGAGCUUGGAAAAUACGGAGUACUCUUCUACAAUGCCUGUUUCAUGAUUAUCCCAACUUUCAUAAUUAGUGCCUCCACAGGAGACCUCCAACAGGCUACUAAAUUCAACCAAUGGAAGAAUGUCCUGUUUGUCAUACAAUUUCUUCUCUCCUGUUUUCUGGGGUUUCUGUUGAUGUAUGCCACGGUUCUGUGCAGUUACUACAACUCUGCCCUGACCACAGCAGUGGUUGGAGCCAUCAAGAAUGUGUCUGUUGCCUACAUUGGGAUGUUAGUAGGUGGAGACUACAUUUUCUCCCUGUUAAACUUUGUAGGAUUAAAUAUUUGUAUGGCAGGUGGUUUGAGAUAUUCCUUUUUAACACUAAGCAGCCAAUUAAAACCUAAGCAGCCGGUGGAUGAAGAGAAUAUCCCUGCAGAUGUGAAGAGUUCGAUGAGAAGCUGAAUUGCAGACCUGGCCUGGGGCCGGUCUGAAUGUGCAGCCAGAAGUUUACACUUGGGACAUUCAAAGCACACACCGAGAUGCCUUCAGAUACAAAGAGAACUACCUCACAGGCCACUGCGCCAUGAGCCCUCGGGGAACCUGGGAGACCUACUGUGUGGAGCCUUCCCAGACAGCAGCCAGUUUGUUCAAAGCCACCCAUUGGGACUUGCUUGGUAGGGUCCUGAAUACUCCUAUACAUACUGCAAUGUCCCCCUGGGCUGAAGGGGGGGUGAUGCUACACUGGUAACUUGUGUCAUCAGCACCUUGGCCUUCAUUUCCAAGGUCCCAGCCAAAGCUAAGUGCAGGCAAGAACGUUUUUGUUUCAACAGUUGAAAUAAACAUUGGUUUAUUUUAAUUU